UCAACCGGCGGCAAAGAGGUAAAGGCUCUCUGUUCUACGGUAGUUGGGUUUCAUUUGGAAACAGUGACGUUCAAGUACGUGUCACGGCUAUGGGGAAUUUAUUUCAGAAUCGUGAGGGAUCUUCCACUUCUCAUCUCACAGCUCCUCUGGCUUUCAAAGGCAAUCAGAAACAGAUUGGACAGGGUCGUGAGAGAGAAGUGUUUACACACUUUGUGUCACUUCCGUUAGCUACAUAUCCUGAGUUGAAGAAAAAACUUGAGGCUUUUCAGAAUUCUAUAUUGGGUAACAACAAUGAUACUAAGAUUCUUCCACUCAAGUUUCAAAAUACUUUAGCUCAGAUGGGAAUCGAAAAAUCGAUUUUUGUUUCGCCCAAAACUUUCCAUUUGACUGUGGUAAUGUUAAAGUUAGAGAACAAUGAAUCUGUGGUCAAAGCUCAGAAUAUUCUUAAGAGUAUUUCUCCUAAUGUGAGGCAGGCUUUGAAGAACCGACCUGUCUUCACUAGACUCAGGGGAUUGGAAUGUAUGAAUGGAUCUUUAGACAAAACCCGCGUUCUCUAUGCUCCUGUUGAAGAAGUUGGGCAUGAGGGUCGCCUGCUAAGCGCUUGUCGUAUCCUAAUUAAUAUCUCUAAGAGCUUAUUUUUACUUGACCAAACACAUGACUUCAAAAUUUCUAUGCAAGAGCUUUAAUUUUGAACUCUUCACUACAACAAAUAUUCACAUUGAUAGCACAUGACUAUAGCUCAUUUUUCACAACUGCUAUGAAAGAGUAACUAUUUUUUCGAUUACUCUAUAAUAGCACUAAAAUAAUGCAAAGAAACAAAAUCAUUGGGGGGAACCUAAAAUCACAUAUUCCGCCAACAUUUGCUCGAAAAUAUUGACUUAAGCGCUAUAACUUAGAAAAUAUUCACUUAAGCGCCAUAACUUUUCCUUUCUUUUACAUUGGUUUGGAGAAAAAAAAAAAAAAAAGGUUUGGACAAAAAAAAAAACAGUUCCUGAGGAAACCAUCUUCUCCUCCAUCCAUCAUCCUCGCAGAUCUACUCCGCCACUAUUGCUGAACCGUCUCUCCCACCCUCUUUCAUCUUAUCCUUCUCAUCCAUCUCCCAUUCCGUCGACCCAGCUCACCCAAACCCUAAAUCGAAAUUUUGGUUGAUUUAGGGUUUAUGCCUCAUCUUCCUUGUCUCUCUCUCACCUUGUUGGCUCUCUCAAUGAGGAGCUUGAUUCCGAUUUAGGGUUUAUGCUCAUCGUCCUCAUUUCUCCUUUUCUCUCUCCGUAGCCAGCCAUUACCAUGGCUUCUCGAGCUAUACUCGAUUAUGUAUCAACUCACUCCUACUUA